ACUGGGGGGAGCUCAAGAUGAGAGGACCGUGCAGUGGCUCGCUUCCCGCCGUGCUGCUUGGGGUCUCUUCCAGUGCCUGAAUGGUUCUUGCUCAAGUUGCUUGCAACAAGAAGAGGGCUUCGGGCUGUGAAAUCUUCCAGCGUCUCCCGUUACGAAGAUGGCACUGCUGAAAGUCAAAUUCAAUCAGAAGAAGCGGGUAAAGCUAGCGCAGGGACUAUGGCUCAUGAACUGGUUUUCGGUGUUUGCUGGGAUCCUCGUGUUUAGCAUGGGGCUGUUCCUCAAGAUUGAGCUCCGCAAGCGAAGCGAAGUGAUGGACAAUUCUGAAAGCCACUUUGUGCCCAAUUCUUUGAUACUGAUGGGUAUAUUAUCCUGCGCCUUCAACGGGUUUGCUGGCAAAAUUUGCUACGAUUCUCUGGAUCCCGCUAAGUUUGCCAAGUGGAAGCCUUUGCUGAAACCUUACCUGGCAUUGUGUUUCUUCUUUAACAUACUCCUUUUCUUUGUCGCUCUGAUUUGCUUCCUCAUGCGGGGCUCCCUGGAGAGCACGCUGGCACAGGGGCUCAAGAACGGUAUGAAGUUCUACCGGGACACAGACACCCCUGGAAGGUGCUUCAUGAAGAAGACCAUUGACAUGCUUCAGAUUGAGUUCAAAUGCUGUGGGAACAGCGGCUUCAAAGAUUGGUUUGAAAUUCAGUGGAUCAGCAACAGAUAUCUGGACUUCAGCUCCAAAGAAGUGAAAGAUCGCAUCAAAAGCAAUGUGGAUGGAAGGUAUUUGGUGGAUGGCGUCCCUUUCAGCUGCUGCAACCCCAGCUCCCCAAGACCCUGUAUCCAGUACCAGGUCACCAACAACUCAGCUCACUACAGCUACGACUACCAAACGGAGGAGCUGAACCUCUGGCGCCGUGGCUGCCGGGAAGCCCUCCUGCAAUACUACAGCAGCAUGAUGAGCUCCAUGGGUGCUGUUGUCCUCCUCGUCUGGCUUUUUGAGAUGUCCGUGAUGGUUGGCUUGCGUCUUCUGCACACCUCUCUAGAAAGCAUUACAAAUCCUGAAGACCCUGAAUGUGAAAGCGAAGGGUGGGUCCUGGAGAACAGCCUGAAGGACACUUUCAAGUCUGCACUGGAGAAUUUGAAAAAGAUUGGUAAGUUCAAUCAGGUGGAAGCAGGCGCCGAAGGAGCCGAAGGAGAGGAAGGUGGGAAGACACAAACUGUUGCAACGGUCAGUUGAGCUUCUAAUUGAUGUGGACUUUUUAUCAGAGAGGAAUGAAAAAAACCCUGAGAAUUGAGAAUCUCUACCUUUCAAAAGCUAUGUACCAAGCAUCAGAAUACACAUUUCUACACGUGCAGGUUUUUCAUGUAUGGGAGUACGCAAUGUAGUGCACCUCGGGCCAGCACGCUUACCCACAAUGCGAGUACACCA